UUUAUAGUCAGGGGUAAGAUCACGUCUCUCCCUUAUCUCCCCCUCUCUCUCAUUCCGGCACAGGAGCUCAGCUUUUUCUCCAGCCAACAGCAAUCAUUCCCCAGCAAUAUUUAUAGCUCACUGCCAAAUGCAAAGAGAGAAAAUAGAUUAAAAAAAAGCCCCCAACAAUCCCACAACGACUCAAGAGACACUGAUUUUUCCAAAGCAAAAGGGAAAUAAAACAGUACCCACAGCAGAGAGUCCUCCAGCGUGGCAGCUUCUUUCCCUUUUGCAGGAUGCUCUUAAGAUAGCAGGGUUUCUUGGCUCUUUUUUUACCCCUCUUCUUCUAUUCCUUUCUCUCUCUCUUUUUCCCCCCUUUUUUUUCUUUUUGAGCAUUCAGUUAAAACAGCCCGGGAAGGACCGGAUCUGAUGCUUACUCUCAUUUCUGCUGACUGCUGGGGAUGAAUCUGGGUCUAACCUGACCAUGAUUCCGAGGACUGGCACUUCUGAAUUUUUCCCCCCAAUUUGUAAAAAUCCAGAUCUUCUCUUUCCUAUUUUCAAGGCACAUAAAUUAUUGCUGUAUUUGGGAAUCUAGGCAGCAUCGAGAUACUUUUCUUUUCCUGCUUCUCUCUGGAAUCAUUUCUGGGAUAUUUUCCAUAAAUCAUCACAGAAAACAGGAGGAAUGAACCGGCAGCUAGUGAAUAUUUUGACAGCCUUGUUUGCAUUUUUCUUUGAGGCAAACCACUUCAGGGCGGCUUUCUGUAAAGAACAUGAUUCAAGAUCUGGAAAAUCCCCCUCACAGACCCUGUCUCCUUCAGAUUUUUUGGACAAAUUGAUGGGAAGGACUUCAGGGUAUGAUGCAAGAAUCAGACCAAAUUUUAAAGGUCCUCCUGUAAAUGUUACCUGCAACAUAUUUAUCAACAGCUUUGGUUCAAUAGCAGAAACUACAAUGGACUACAGAGUGAACAUUUUUUUGAGACAGCAAUGGAAUGACUCACGUCUGGCUUACAGCGAAUACCCUGAUGAUUCCUUGGAUUUGGAUCCAUCCAUGUUGGACUCUAUUUGGAAGCCAGAUUUGUUCUUUGCCAAUGAGAAAGGUGCAAACUUCCAUGACGUUACAACAGACAACAAGCUGCUGAGGAUUUCUAAAACGGGGAAAGUUCUCUACAGUAUCAGGCUAACUUUAACCCUAUCCUGUCCCAUGGACUUGAAGAAUUUUCCUAUGGAUGUGCAGACAUGCACAAUGCAACUAGAAAGCUUUGGUUACACAAUGAAUGACCUGAUAUUUGAGUGGCUAAGUGAUGGUCCAGUGCAAGUUGCAGAAGGUUUAACUCUGCCACAGUUUAUUUUGAAAGAAGAUAAGGAACUUGGUUACUGCACAAAACAUUACAAUACUGGAAAGUUUACAUGCAUUGAAGUCAAGUUUCAUUUGGAGCGUCAGAUGGGAUACUAUUUAAUCCAGAUGUACAUUCCUAGCCUACUGAUCGUCAUUUUGUCUUGGGUUUCCUUCUGGAUCAACAUGGAUGCUGCUCCAGCCAGAGUUGCUCUGGGCAUCACUACAGUCUUGACAAUGACCACUCAGAGCUCAGGCUCCAGAGCUUCUCUUCCAAAAGAUUUAUGUACUGGAGAAGGUUGCAUAAAUUCAACUAAUGGUGUGGUGGUAGAGGAGAAUAACAGGCUGUGUAAAUAUUUACCUUGUGGUUUAAAUUAUGUUUUCAUUGAUUUAGCUUACAUCAAUUUGGAAUAUGUUCAAGCCAAACAGCAGCAAACUACUAUCAAACCCAAAUGA